AUGACCCCAGAAGACUGCAACCGUUCUAAAUAUGAAUCCGUUGCCAAGCAUCCGAAUUUUGAUCACAUGACGAUGGGGUAUGCUGCAAUGAUUCUAAGUUGUAUUCACCGAGAUUUGGCGGCCAGGAAUGUGUUGGUAACGGAAGACAUUGUGAUGAAGAUUGCUGAUUUUGGCCUUGCUCGAGACAUUCACCACAUAGAUUAUUACAAAAAGACAACUAACGUGAGUGGCAUCUCUCAAAGGGGGCUCAAAUUAUUCCAUUUUCAAGCCUUGUGUCAGGUUCCAAAUAGCAUCCAAAAUCCUGCUUGUAACUGCUGCAGCAUAAGACAGGAUGUAUCUUGUAUGCUAACCAGGUGGUCCUUCGGUGUCCUCUUGUGGGAGAUCUUCACCCUGGGGGGCUCUCCAUACCCAGGAGUGCCAGUGGAGGAGCUGUUCAAACUGCUGAAAGAGGGGCAUCGGAUGGACAAACCCAGCAAUUGCACCAAUGAACUGUACAUGAUGAUGCGGGAUUGCUGGCACGCUGUUCCAUCCCAACGGCCGACUUUUAAGCAGCUGGUCGAAGACUUAGAUAGGAUCGUGGCCAUGACCUCAAACCAGGAAUACCUGGACCUCUCUCUACCAUUGGAUCAGUAUUCUCUCAGUUUUCCAGACACUCGCAGUUCCACCUGCUCUUCUGGGGAGGACUCCGUUUUUUCCCACGAUCCCCUCCCUGACGAACCUUGUCUUCCCAAGCAUCCACCUCACCUUGCCAACGGCGGACUCAAAAGGCGCUGAUGCCGCAACAUCUGCGGGACCCUUCUGUGCAUGCGAGUGUGGAGCGUGUGUGUCCAUGAGUGAAUGGGUGUACGUCUGUGUGCACAGUCUCUGUCCAGCUGGGCUGGAAGGAGGACCACCGGAGGGCAUUGAGGAACUGCGAAAAAGUCCAUUCCAAGCAACCAAGCCUACUCAUCCUCAUCUCCUUCGCUACACUGCCAUCUGUUGCAAGCCUUAAGCCUUCUGAAGAGCUGCUCAUACGAAUCUUGUAAUCUUGGGUGGGAAGCGGUGUCUAAACAACAACGAAAAGGAAGAUCCAGACGUCUGUUUCCUAGACAGAAGCAUGCUGUUACUUCUCAGAAGGAGAUUCUGGAGUAGGGGGUGAAAAACAUUCCCAUGAAGAUGAAAGUCCUUUC